AUGAGCUCGCAGCAUUCAGAAAGAGUCGCAUUCGAGCAGAAGACACAGCCCGUUCCAUCAGAUGACAAGAUGGCUUUGGAUUUAGACAUCAACGGAGCUUCACCUCAAGAUGAGACCACUCUUAAUGCCGAGCCCUCUGAACCCCUCUUGACCAAGUCUGCGCCCUCACCUUUAGCUGCUGCCGACCCUCUCGAGAUGCCUGAAGUGAAUGGGUCCGCAAAUGUUUCUGCCUUCGCGGCAAACCAGGAAGUCGCCGGAGAGCCUAUAAAUCCUUCCGUCGAGUCGCAAACGGCAAAAUCUUCUUCGUCGGUCUCUGCGCUCCCUCCCUCGACCGACACGACGACCACCACCACCGAGGCGCAAGUAUCAGUUGGUGCAGACUCUGCGCUUCUUGAAAGCACCACGCAGAUCUCCCCGGCAGACGAGGCAGUCGAGGCAGCAGUCGAUCAUCUCUCCGCCCCAACCGCGGUACUCCCUGUCAUCGAGUCUCAAGAAUCCGAUCUCAGACAUACUUCACCUUCCGCGCAAUCAACCCAGGCUACCACUCUCGACCCCGAUCUCGAUCCUAACAGCGCACAGUUGCCUACACCCCAACCAGAGAAGGAAUCGGAGGUUGCUAGCAUUAGCGCCGACGUGUCCGACCUCACUUUCGACCAACCGCAAGCUAUUCCUGAGCCGCCCCUUGAUCUACAAAAUUCACCUCCGCCACCUGCGUCUGCUGCCAUCGACGAUCCGAACUUCACUUCGCCUGAGCAAGCGAUCCCCCCCGAUACAAUGGUGAAUGACACCGAGAUGCUGGAUGCGCCGCAGCCCGAAAGUACAUCAGCCAAGAUCGCCCGCGAGCGCGAAGACGACGACGAGAUGGAGCCUUCGGCCAAACGACCCAAGACCGAGGACGAGUCAAUGGCCGAUGAGGCUGCGCCCACACCGAAUGGCGAGGCAGCAGAGCGGACAACCGGCACCCCAAUCUCGCCGUACCAAGUCCAGCAACUCAGCCAAGCCCUGAAGAGUGCAUGCAAGAAUAGAAAUGGCCUUAACUUCAGAGGUCCUGUCGUUGAACUCUGGCCCGAUAUCAAGACUAACUACCUCUCGAGGAUCUCGAAGCCAAUUGAUCUGAAGACCAUGGACCACAAGUUGACUUCGGGUGUGUAUCGGUUCAUGGAAGAGUUCACGUCCGAUCUUCACCUGCUCUACAACAACACUCUGACCUUCAAUGGUCAGUUUCACGACGUCUCUAAAGCUGCGUUCGUCAUUCGGGGCAAUCUUCUCAAUAAGAUCGAGAACACUCCCAGCGAGCCCAUCAAGGCGCCAAAGCGGGACAAGAAGGCAAAGCGCUCAAGCCCGGCUCCCAAUACUGCAUCUAGAGCCCCGAAGCCUCGCCAAGAAUCUCGAGAUCCGCUUCCCGCUCCAUCGCACUCGGCGGCCCCGGCUCCUACCUUUGCCCUGGACCCAACAACCAGCAUGCCAUUGAUUCGUCGAGAUUCUACCAAGGCUGAUGGUGGUCGACCCAAGCGAGAGAUCCAUCCUCCGAAGAGUAAGGAUCUGGUGUACGCCCACCCAAGCCGCCCAAAGAACAAGAAGCAUUCUACCGAGCUCAAGUUCUGUGAGAUGGUCCUGGAGGAGGUACGAAAGGAUAGGUAUGCGCAGUUCAACCACAUAUUCCAAUUUCCAGUUGAUCCGGUCGCCUUAAACAUCCCAACGUACUUCACCAUUAUCAAGAAGCCGAUGGAUCUCUCUACGAUGUCUAACAAGCUCAAGAGUGGCAGUUACGGCAAUGCGAGUGAGUUUGAGAAAGAUAUGCGCCUGAUGCUCGCCAACUGCUACAAGUUCAACCCGCCUCCAAACAUGGUCAACGAACUGGGUAAGAGAUUUGAGGAGCUGUUUAACAAGCAGUGGGAACAGAAGGACCAAUGGGUUCACGACCACGCUCCUGCUGCCGCCAGCCCAGCUAGCAUGCCAGAAUCCGAGGAUGAAGAUGACGAGGAAGAUGACGACGAUGCCUCAAACAAUGCUUCGAAGAACUCCCUCGGUGCUGCAAAGAACAUCCUACUCGAGCAUCAACAGAAACUCAUCGCUCUGAUGAGCGCCAAGAACCGGGACGAGUUUGUCAUCUCCAUGCAACAAGACUUGGUCGCCACGGUUCAGAAGCGCGUACAGGCGGAGGAAGAUCAGGUGGAGAAGAGAAAGGGUAAGAAGCUCAAGUCUUCGAAGGCUCCCAAGAAAGCUGUGGCCGCUCCCAAGAGACCCGUUCAACCCAAGAAGCCUCCCAAGCCCAAGUUCAUGGGUUCGCUCGAGAAGGAAGUCAUUUCUGCUGGGCUCAUGGACCUCCCUGAUGACGUGUCUCUCGUCGUCCUGGACAAGAUCAAGCGAGAACGUCCUGGAAUCGACCCUGGCGAGGAUGGUACCUUGGAGCUUGACAUUGAUGUCAUCAGUCUUGAGCUUCUUUGGGAAAUCUACCAUCUGAUUAUGCACCACCGACCAGAAGUUCUCGAGACGGUCAAGUCGGCGAUGCAAGAGCGCGAGAGCCCCCGUGUUGUUGCCAAGGCGGCCCCCACCAAGAAGAAGAACAAGCCGAUGAGCAAAGAGGCCCAGGAGCAGAAUAUCAAGGCGCUUCAACAGAAGCUUGGAACCUACGAGAGGGCAAGCUCCGGCUCGCACUCUCAGGAACCUGUCCUGCAGACGGUCGAGCAAACCGAGGAUAUGUCCAGCGGCGACGAAUCUGAUUCGGAAGAAGAGUAG